AUGUCAUCUCACGCCCCGCUUCUCUCCUCGCGCUUCCACAUGGACUCUGCGUCGAGCGUCGGCUUGGGCUCUGUCCCAGGCACGCCGCGCCUAGACACCGACAUGGGCAGCUAUUCACAAGACAGGUCGGGCGGUGCUGAGACACCUGCUGCACCAGCGCCUUCUGGCCGUGCACGUCCAUCCACGAUCCCGAAAUUGGACGACAUUCCCAUCGUCACCGACGAGACGGGUGAGCGUGUGCGUGAGAGCUUUGCUGCCUUUUUGGAACGGUAUAUGGGAGACAGACCAUCGAGUCCAGACUCGAUCUACGUUGAACAGCUGUAUGCCAUGCGGGACUAUGGCCGCACGACUCUUUACGUCGACUUUGCUCAUGUGCUGGACCAUGACGAAGUUCUCGCUCGUGCCAUCACUGAGCAGUACUAUCGUUUUCUUCCAUACCUUCGUCGUGCACUGAUUGAAUGCAUCAGCGUAUAUAUCCCUGGCUACCUGUAUCUGAACGCACACAUGGCUUCGACUGCCUCGUCCGGUCUCGUGACACGCGACUUUUCCGUCUCGUUCCAUCAUCUGCCGCUCCAGUCUGGCAUUCGGUCCUUGCGCUCUGACAAGAUUGGCCGCUUACUGUGCGUGAAUGGCACGGUGACGCGGACCUCUGAGGUCCGUCCCGAACUGAUCCUCGGCACCUUUACGUGUGUCGAGUGCAAAACGAGUAUACCCGAUGUGGAACAGCAGUUUCGCUACACUGAGCCGCUCAUGUGCCUCAAUCCCAUGUGCCAGAACCGCACGCAGUGGGAGCUGGAUGUGGAAAAGAGCCGCUUUUGCGACUGGCAAAAAGUCCGCAUCCAGGAAAAUGCCAACCAAAUCCCCACGGGCAGUAUGCCCCGUAGUCUCGAUGUAAUCCUUCGUUCUGAAAUUGUUGAGCGUGCCAAGGCAGGGGACCGAUGUGAAUUCACGGGCACCUUUAUUGUCCUGCCGGACGUAUCUCAGCUGGGCGUGCCUGGCGUCAAUGCUCAGAUCCAGCGCCAAACGCAAUUUGGCUCUGCAACGGACACGGUGGCCAACCAGGGUGUGACGGGUCUCAAGACACUCGGUGUGCGCGAUCUCACGUACCGUACCGUGUUUCUAGCCUGCAUGGUCCAACGUGAAUUUCAACGUGAUGACGGGCGCACCGAUGUUGUUUCUGACGACCACGAAGAAGACGCUGAGACGGUUUUGAAAGAUUUCACGGAAGAAGAGCGCGAAGAGCUCGAAGUCAUGGUGGCCAGCACAGAUAUCUAUCCGCGCCUCGUUCGCAGUAUUGCCCCCACCAUGUAUGGCCAUGAAAUUAUCAAAAAAGGCAUUCUGCUCCAACUCCUCGGUGGCGUACACAAGCAGACGAAGGACGGCAUUCAUUUGCGUGGCGAUAUCAACAUUUGCAUCGUGGGUGAUCCCAGCACGAGCAAAUCGCAGUUCCUCAAAUAUGUGUGUGGUUUCAUGCCGCGCUCCGUAUAUACGUCUGGCAAGGCGUCGUCGGCGGCAGGUCUCACGGCCGCUGUCGUCCGUGACGAAGAAACGGGUGAAUUUACGAUCGAGGCCGGUGCUCUUAUGCUCGCAGACAAUGGCAUUUGCGCCAUUGACGAGUUCGACAAGAUGGAUCUUUCCGAUCAAGUCGCGAUCCACGAGGCUAUGGAGCAGCAAACCAUCUCGAUCGCCAAGGCGGGCAUCCAAGCCACCUUGAAUGCACGCACGUCGAUUCUCGCCGCUGCCAAUCCGAUCGGCGGUCGGUACAAUCGAAAACAGACGCUGCGUGCGAACGUGGCGAUGAGCGCCCCCAUCAUGUCACGUUUCGACCUGUUUUUCGUCGUACUGGACGAAUGCAACGAGACUGUGGACUGGAACAUUGCGCAGCACAUUGUCAACAUUCACCGAUUCCGUGACGCGGCCAUUGCGCCCGAGUUCUCGACCAAGGCCCUGCAGCGGUACAUUCGGUAUGCGCGCACGUUUCAUCCAAAGCUCACGCCCGAGGCAAGCGAUGUGCUCGUGGAAAAGUACAUUCAUCUGCGCCAGGACGACUCGGGUGGCUCGGUCGGUCGCAAUUCGUACCGUGUGACGGUGCGUCAACUGGAAAGUAUCAUUCGAUUGUCCGAAGCGAUCGCGCGGGCCAACUGCCGCUCGGACAUCACGCCUGCUUUUGUGCGCGAGGCAUACUCACUGCUGCGCCAGUCGAUCAUACACGUCGAAAAAGACGACAUUGCGAUCGACAGCGAGGACGAAGAGCCCGCAGCGCCCGCUCCCAUGGAAGAGCCCCAGGCACCGACGCGCCGCAGCAUCACGUAUGACCGCUACAUGGAGCUCGUCAACCAGCUCGUUCUCAAAGUGCAUGCUGUGGAGCGCGAUACGUCGCAGGGCGUGUCUCGCGAGGCAUUAGCGCAAUGGUACCUCGAGGCACAUGAGCACGACAUUGACUCGGUGCAGCAGCUGCACGAAGAAUCCGAUCUUAUAUCACGCGUCAUUUCCAAAAUGAUCAAGGACGGCUACCUCGUCCACCUCCCUGUCGAAGAGUCCGAGCGCGUGCCCGGCGGGCCCGAGCAGGUGCUCAUGAUCCAUCCUCAGGUCGACGUCGAUAGCCUGCAGUAG